UUUUUUUUUUUUUUGUUUUAAGAUAAACAACAUGUCGUUUUCUCCAACAGAUGAAAUAGAGCGUCAACGGAAACUAGAUCAGGCUCUCUCGCUGUUGCCACUGAUGAGCGGGGUAGCCGUGUGUCCGCUGCUGCAGCAGAGGUCAAUCUUCCUUACUCCUGCGGAUACUGGUUUCUCCAAAUGCCAUGGCAGAAUCCCAGCAACAACCAACUCCAAGCGCCACAACAACUUCAGCUCUUUUUCACGGCAGUGGCACCAUCUCACAAAUACAAACUCCAAAUACCUCCAAUUUACUUCUAACGCUUCAGUCAGCGGCUCUGCUGGAGAUUACUCGGAGCAAUUGUUGGAUACAAAUAAAAAGCAGCAGAAAAGCAAGAGUGUUGCAGGCGUUGAGCAAGAUGAACUACUGGAUCCAGCACAUUUAGCUGAUCCAGACAGUUGCUUUUGUGAGUUCCAAGGGUUGCAGAUACACCACAAGGUAUAUGAUCCAGAAUUACAACAGGAUAACUCAUUGUCUACUGAAACAUCUCAUCCUACUAUAGAGAAGAAGCUCGGUCUUCCCUUGAUCUUACUACAUGGCUUUGGAGCAUCGGUUUUUUCCUGGAGUCGGGUUAUGAAGCCUUUGGCUGAGGCCACUGGUUCCAAAGUCCUAGCGUUCGACAGACCAGCUUUUGGGUUGACAUCAAGGGUAGAAUUCUUCCAAUCAUCCACAGCUACUGAGCAUGGAAAACCAACCUUGAAUCCCUACUCCACGGCCUUCUCUGUUCUUGCCACAUUGUACUUUGUUGAUUUCUUGGGUGCUGAGAAGGCAGUUCUAGUGGGGCAUUCUGCUGGUUCUCUUGUAGCAGUUGAUUCAUAUUUUGAAGCUCCAGAACACGUUGCUGCUCUCAUCCUUGUUGCCCCAGCAAUUCUUGCCCCAAUUGGUGUACGUAAGGCUGUUGAUGGCAAUAAGUCGAGAGCAGAUAAUGAAAGUGAAAGAGACAAAGCAAAUUCAUCUACUCUGCACAAGUCAUUUCACAAGCUUUUUGGGAGUAUACUGAAGUUUACCAAAUAUAUUGCACAAGCAAUAAUGCAAAUGGUGAAGGGAAUGGCAUACAUGUUUAACUCUUUGUAUAAGAAAGCACUAGCUGCAAUUCUGAGAUCUGCCUUUGCUGUUACACUGGUAAGAAUGAUAAUGGAUAAGUUUGGCAUGGCUGCCAUAAGGAAUGCAUGGUACGAUCGCAAUCAAAUAACGGAACAUGUCUUAAAUGGUUACACAAAGCCACUGAGGGUUAAGGGUUGGGACAAAGCUCUUGUGGAAUUCACUGCAUCAAUGAUUUUGAGCACUGAAUCUGAAUCAAAGCCACCACUUGCAAAAAGACUCCAUGAAAUCUCAUGUCCUGUUCUGAUUGUUACGGGUGAUACUGAUCGACUUGUUCCUUCUUGGAAUUCUGUGAAACUUUCACAAGCCAUACCUGGAUCUUGCCUCGAAGUAAUUAAGCAUUGUGGCCACUUGCCUCAUGAAGAGAAAGUGGAAGAGUUUGUUUCAGUUGUUCAAAAGUUUCUACAAAGAUCUUUUGGUGAUUCAAGAGAACUGAGCUUGCAAGCAGCAGUUUAAAGUCUAUAUGCUGCAUAUACUAGUAAACAACACCGAUGCACAAAGCUCUCGUAGUGGGCGGGGUCGAGGACUAUGACAAGAUGUACGCAGACUUUACCCCACAUAAUAUGUGGCCUAGUGCUAGAGUUGUAGGGGUGUAACUUAAAGGUUCCAAGUUCAAUUCUUAGAAACAGGCUCUCAACAUAUUAUGUGGGGGAAAGUUUUGCUUACAUCUUACCUACCCCCGACCCUGCACGCUGCACAAGUGUUGUUUACUUUUAUGCUGCAUAUACUGCGCUCUAACUUAUGUCUAAAAGCUAACUGGUUGGUUUUGUCACACGACAACAAAAUCUAGAGCAUACGCAAAUAUCAGCUUUCUUUAAGAUGUUGUGUCUUGGGUAUCUGUAUAGAGCUAGAAUAUAUACCAACCUGUCCACAUGAUGGCUUGAUAGUUGUUUUAUUGGCUCACAUUGUCCUCAAAAUGUAGGCUGGUUUAUCAACUAAUGUAUAUUGAUUUGUAUCUCUAUCCCUAUAUUGAUGAUGAGGGACAAACCACUAAUACUUGUAUUCAACAAAUACCAUUAUGCUUGUGACUAUUUUCCA